AUGGCGGCGGCGAGGCGCGACGGGCCCGGGCCGGCGGCGGCCAAGGCCAAGGCGGGUGCGGCGCCCCGCGGGCCCGGCCGAAAGCGGCGGUGGAGGCCCGUCCUGCUGAGCAGCGUGGUCGGCAGCGUCCAGGAGGGACGAGGAUUUGCAUUUCGGAGGAAGCAAAAGAUUGAACGGCAGUACAGGAAAUUGCUGAAAAAGAGAAGGCAGGUGCAUUCCCAGCAGGAUGAUCAGUUUGCAGAUACCUACCCAGAGCACUUGAAGCAUCUUUACCUGGCAGAGGAAGAAAAGCUUAAGAAGCGGCGCAGGACUCCAGAGGAUUCGGUGUCAUCAGAAGAAAAGCUUAAUAAAGCAGCAGAGUCAGUUGGGACUCAAGAGAAGUUUAAAAAUAAAACAUCCAAUCAGAAGGCAAAAGAAGAAUAUGAGAAAAUAAAGGCUGAGCAUGCUAGAAAGAAAGAGGAAGCAGAAAAAAGAAAACAACAAAGAGAAGAAGCUCAACGGUUGUACAAGAAAAAGAAAAUGGAAGCUUUUAAAAUACUGAGUAAGAAGACAAAAAAAGGACAACCAAAUCUAAAUUUACAAGUAGAAUUUCUUCUUCAGAAAAUACAGCAGAAUACAUAACCCCUCAUAUAUUUAAGUUAGCUGUGGACAUUUUAUUAUUAUUACAUUUAAUAAAUAAUGUCUUUUUGCUUCCAUAUUACUUCUGUUAUUGCCUUUAUUUAUCUCAUCAGUCCAGUAAUGACAUAUUCAUCCUGAAAAUAUGUAUUCUAUGCUGAGAGUGAAAGGGAUUUGGUACCUUGAAAAUAAAUGGUCCGUAUUUCUAAACUUAAAUUUUAUUAGCUGUGUGACAUCUUGAAUUCAAAAUAAUAGGCUGUAGUACCAUCUGACCAUGAAUCAAAUACUUCCUGCAAUUGUGACUCACUUGGGAGGAUUAAAAUGAUGUAUGUGAUGUGUUUGAUAUCUCAAGAACAGCCAGUUUUAGGAGCAUAUUUUGUGUGCUCCUGGGUAGGUUUGGCAUAUGAAAACAAAGUACAUAUACUAUACUUGGAUGGCUAGUUUUAUUUCUCGUUCUCCACAAAGAAUAAGACUUGCCAAAGGUUCAGAAGUGGUUUGGAUAUAAAAAUUUGGUAAAAUAAUUGUUGUCCCAUUCGUAAAGCUGCUUUGAAACUUGUAACAUGUGAAUUGCUCUACCUUUUGUGUACAGCUUUGUCAUGAAAUUUGUUUUCUUCUAUGUAGCUUUUAAUUAAUAGCAAUUUGGAUUAAUAUUAUCAAGACUGGAUUUAUGUAUUUUCCUGAAAAGAGAGCUUUUUCUCUGCAUUUGUGUCUUUUUUAAUAUCUUGCCAUCAACCCAGUUGAGAAAACACAACAUUUGUCAGUUGAGAAACUGUAGUUGAGGAUCCCACUUUGUGGAUAUAAUUUACACACCCAUAUCUUCACGUACAUACCGGUAAACACUGGUCUGAUUUUCAGGCAGCAUCUUAUGAUCACUUCUUAUUUUAAAACGGUGUCUUGUUGUCCAGGUGGCAGUGAUUACUGUUGUCAAUGUUAUUUUAGAACCAAUCUUCUAUAUAUAGAUACCAUUUUGUGGUAAUUUCAGUUGCUGAAUGUUCAAGUGUUUGAGCUGCUGCUCCUUGAUCCAUACAGUGAUCUGCUCUGAAGGCAGUGGAGGUACGCUGAUAAAUUGCCUUUGUACUAGGAGCAAUAAAUCAUGCCAAAACUUACAAA